AUGAAGCCCGUCGUGUCCGCUUUGAACGCAUGGAGCUGCACCGUUCUGUCGGUCUUCGCCAUUGUCAUCCUCUCCAUCAUCGGGAGCCUGUUUGCGCGGGAUCACCAUAUGAUGAUGGGAUUGGAAGAGGAUCCUGAAGACGGCGGGGCAGUCGCGGCCUCUAUAUUCAUCGCGGUAGCGGUAUAUGCCGUGAGUCUUAGUCUACUGAAUUGCUACCUGUGGCACGAAUACUGA